UUCUUGUUUAAUUUAAAUCUUGAAACAGUCAAGUCGUGGGAUGGCCUCCUAUUAGAGCAUACAGAAGGAACAGCAUGGCCAAUCAAGCAAAAUCAGUAGCCACUGAAGAGUACAACUCAAUGAUUGAGAAACACAAAAGAAAGAAUGGUGUGGUAGAGAAGACUACCAAUGGCAGCAACAAGAAUAAUGGUACUUCUAAAACUAGGACUUCCCUGUUUGUGAAGGUGAAUAUGGAUGGAAUUCCAAUUGGAAGGAAGGUUGAUCUGGGUACUCAUAGCUGCUAUGAGACCUUAGCACAGACUCUGGAGGAUAUGUUCCACAGGCCAACUACAACUAUCACUGGGAUGCGAUCAAGCAUACAGGAACAUGACACAAGAGUUGAAGCAACAAGACGUUCAAAAUUGCUGGAUGGAACGUCUGACUUUGUGCUCACUUAUGAGGACAAAGAGGGAGAUUGGAUGCUUGUUGGAGAUGUUCCUUGGGGGAUGUUCCUUGGCUCUGUGAAGAGGCUUAGAAUCAUGAGGACAUCUGAAGCUACAGGACUUGCACCAUGGUUACAAGAAAGUAGUGGAAGACAGAGAAACAAGCCCAUCUAAGCCUGUUUUCUUCAAACCUCACAAGAUGAAAACUUACUGCGUUCUAGAAGAUAUACGAAAGAGAAAAAAAGAGAUACUAGUACAAUCAUUUUGACAAGUCAAGAUUGGUCCUCUAUACAUGUUUGUUUGUUUGCGGUUGCUGUAUUAUUUUGUUUUCUUUUUGUUCAUUCCUCGUCGCAAGUCUCUGGGAAUUCUCACUAUACUUUUUGGAAGCUGAAGCACCUUACUUUUCUAUGUAAUGCAUACUUCAAUGAACGCUGUGUUUGAUGCUGUAUAUAUUGGAGCACUUCAUGUUUUGUUUUUAUGAACCUAGAUAUGAUCUUUGCUUUUCCUUGUCAAUGCAAAGAAAUUUUUUUGUUUUC